AUGGUCCUGGUUGAGUUGCUGUCCCCCCGUAACUGACAUGCCUAAGUGGAAACCGGAACUGGGCUAGCACGGUAGCGCUAGCUGAGGAGCAAACGGACGCUGGCUUUAGACCUUUUCUCUCCAUAAUCACUUGCUAACAGCUUUACGGAUGGCAUAUUUAACAUUAGUAGUCCUAUAAUGAUGGAACCGCAACGACGACUGCGCCGUGUUUGACUUUUUAAGUGUAGCUGGCCAGCUAGGUGAAAGCUAAGUCAUCUCUGACUUGGGGAAACAAGGAUCCUUCCUUUACGAUGUCCCAGCCAGAGCGUCUCUGCACGUCGGAAUUUAUGAUGCAAAGGAAACUCCUUGGAUUUGGUGCAUUCGUGGCCUGGAUGAUCCUGUUUCAUUUACUGGUGAACGUGUGGCUUCUCUGUUUGUUCACUAGUCUUCUAGUAGUCAUAGGUGGUUGGCUUGGAUCUCAGGCUGUCCUUGACUCUGAAAGCGUCAUUCAUCUUGAGCAUUUUGUCACACUGGACAAGAUCCAGUCUUCUGCGGAAAGCGAGCUGCAACUGGACCAUGAGAUCCAGAAUACAGUUUCAAAGAUCAUACGAGACUUUGUCUCUUCGUGGUACAAUACUGUGUCCUCGGAGCGUGAGUUUGAGGAGGAAAUUCACAAUGCUAUGAUCUCCAUGGCGAUGGAGCUGAAGCGUCGUGCUCAGAAAGUGGACAGGAAAGCUUUAACACUGAGGACAUUAGACCUGUGUGGAUGUCAUCUCCAGAGCUACAUAAGAGCCAAAGAAAUAAUGGCUGAAAAUGCAAGCAAAAAGGAAGGAAGUGAGAGUGCUAAGGGCAGCCUCUGGGACACAUACAGUGCGUGUUUCACUGCACACCCGGCACUGCAGGGUUCAACCGUAGAGGUCAAUUAUGCGAGAGCCAUUGUGGAUUUGCUUUUACAUGUCCUGGUCCCACCACCACAUCUCGAAACCAGAACAGGGAGAUUUGUGGUGUGUGAACUUAUCACAUGCAACAUUCUUCUCCCUUUAAUUGGGAAGCUGUCUGAUCCUGAUUGGUUAAAUAUGAGUAUUGUAGAUGUGUUUAACAAGUCCAACAAACCGGAAGCUGAGCCGGAGGAGUUGGUGAAAGAUUCGACUCCAACGCAGGUGGUUGCGUCCGAGCAAGAUUCACGGCAGGACCUUGAGGCUCCUCCUUCUUUAAGCAUCGAGGUCCAUCCUGAUCCCCCCACUGUCAGUGAGGUCCCGAUGCCAGAACUGGCCGCUUAUGAUGUCAUUGACUCUACAGAGCUUUAUUGUCCACAGAACAUGGAGGAGGAAUCCAGACAGGCCAAACCGUUUCCUGCAGCGAACACAAGGCGUUUCCUGAAAUUUGGUAAAUCCAAUCCAUUCUAUCAAGAAACGGAUGCUGAUUUGGAGUCUCCUGUGAGUGAUUUCAGGAGGAGCUCGCUGGAAUCAUUGGUUCUGAUUGGCACCGAAGAAGCAGAACGACUCAGAGAGUGUCCUUCGCCAGCAGAGGGUGUGCUAGACCUCGAGGAAGAGGUGCAUGUCUCUUCCAACACAGCAGAGAGCUCGUGUCCUGAAGUCGUUGUCUCUGAGAUACGAGAGGCUUCCGACACAGCUGACGGGACAGGAGAGUUGUCAUCAAGCUUUUGCGCCCUACAAGAAAUCGAGAAGAGUCACGCGAGAGUAGGCCUGGGAGUGGAGCAGUCGCGUGCGCUGAAUCACAGCGAACUGAUGGAGCCUCCGCAGGUCUCCUCGCCUUCAGGUGGGACCAUUCCGCUCUCUCCGUUCACGUUCGAGCCGCUCAGCAGUCCAGAGGGCCCAGUUAUUAUCCAGAACCUUCGCAUUACGGGGACCAUCACAGCCAAAGAGCACCGGGGUACCGGCUCACACCCUUACACGCUCUACACUGUGAAGUAUGAGACAGCGGUGGACUCCGAGAAUCCCGGCACCGUGCAGCCGGUGGCCUAUCACAUGGUCAAUCGACGUUAUAGUGAAUUCCUGAACCUGCAGACUCGAUUGGAGGAGAAAUCAGAAUUACGCAAAAUUCUUAAACACGUGAAGGGACCUAAGAAGAUCUUUCCUGACCUUCCUUUUGGGAACAUGGACAGUGACAAAGUUGAGGCCAGGAAAAGUUUGUUGGAAACAUUCCUUAGGCAACUUUGUGCCGUACCUGAAACCGCCAACAGUGAAGAAAUGCAGGAGUUCCUGGCCCUCAACACUGACGCGAGGAUUGCUUUCGUAAAGAAGCCGUUCAUUGUCUCACGAAUAGACAAGAUUGUGGUGAAUGCCAUCGUGGACACCUUGAAGACAGCAUUCCCCCGCUCUGAGCCACAGAGCCCUACAGAAGAGGUGGAUACUGAGCCUGAUGGGAAAUUAUUGUCUGACCGGAAAGCCAAGUCCAGGAUGCGUUUCGCCAGUAAAGUCGCUCCUACUCUCCACGUUUCUGACAUGAGGCCCCAAGUGCUGUACUGUUUUGAUGAGUUCAGCACUGUUUGUAAUGGCUUCACCUUGAAUGGUCUAGAGCGCUUCAUCUCUGAGAAGGAGAGUCUCGUGAGCAAGGUGCCCCUCAGAGAAGCAGAAGGGGAGGGCGUGGCCAGCCCCGGAGCCAGGGGCAGCGUGAGAUCGUGCACAUGCCGAGAAGAGAAGUUACAGCAUGCUACUUUUCAGAAGCAGGGUGAGACGCUGCUGGCUGACUCGGCUCUUGGCGUUGUUAGUCUGCUGAUGAAGGACCAGUGGAGCUGGCUGUGCACUCAGAACAUCCAGAAGGCCAUCAGGCUCCUGUUCGGGACCCUCCUAGACCGGUGGCUGGAGGUCGGGGUGACUAAUCUGACCUGUAGGCAGUACUGGGUGAUCUACCUGCAGGUCCUGCAGGAGGCGGUGUGGCCGGGUGGGAGACUGCGUGCACUACCCCGAGUACAGCCCACGCAGCAGCAGAGAGACCAGGGCAAACGCCAGUGCCUGCACUGCUUGAUGAAGCUCCUGCCAGAUCUGGUCUCUGAUAUGCUGGGCGCUGAGAAAUACAUGCACACCUGGCACACAGUGCUGGACUCUCUUCAGGAUCCUACCAUAAACAGGCAUCUGGUCUACUGCAUCUGGGACCUGCUCAUCGAGGUCCUCAUCCCUGAACUGUCUGAGGACGAGUUCCAAAAAACUUUGCUCCACAGCAUCUCCAAAAAUGCAGAGAAACUGCCCCCAUAGGAGACCUGGAAACUGACCCAAUAUCAGACCUGGAACCAGUGCAGAUGGACAGUCAUGACAACACAGCAUGUGUCAGUGGACAGACAUGAGGGUACAAAGGAAUGAAUGAGCAGUAAGUGGAUCAGUGGCUGGUUUGGGUCAGGCUCCGUGAUCACUAACGCGCUGCAUGUGUACAGACUAGCUGGGAUUAUUCAGGCUGCGACUAGGCUCCCCCAGGCGGCAGAGCUGAGGUAGCGGCCAGCCGUCUUCAGGCCCUUGUUCUCUUCUGUCCUUCUCCCAGGUCAGAUCCAACAUGAAAACAUCGCGACUGACUCAAAGUUGCCAAAAAAUUCUCCCCCUGGCUUUCAUGGUACUGUAUGGCCUGGUUUAGCUGAGCCAGCUCCAAGUAUACCAGUCGUCUCUCAGCCCAUAGCUGGGCUUUAAACAUCAUUCAUAAUGUGACGCAGAAUUACUGACAUGAAGAAUCCUUUAGUUUAAGACUGAUUGGCUUAAACGUUGCUCUCUUUCUCAGUUUUUCUGUUCCACAUUAUUUUCCAGUUAAACCUAAUAUGUGAGAUAUAUAAAGAUAUAAAUCUGUCAUAUAUAAUGAGAGCUGUGAGAUGUAGGAGACAUGUGAUAUCAUAUCCACAUCUCUCUCCUUUAUCUUGCUCCCGCGCACGCACGCACACACACACACACACGCACACGCACACGCACACACACACAUAUAUAUAUAUAUGAGAGAGAUGAAGGAUAUAUGAAAUAUUUGUCGUGUAAUGAGAAAUGUUCUGUGACAUUUAGUUGGUCUCUUGUGUAUUUAACAUUUUUUUGGAUGUAAAUACUGAAUUAAUAUAUUCUCACAGUUGUAAAUGUGGCACUAAAAUCAUGUAAAAUGUUGAGCUCCCCAUUUCUUCCCGCUUUGUGUGAAACUGCUGACGGCCUUUAAGUGUCCGCAGACCUGCGUUGUGAGUGCUGUGAAGGAGAUCGAAGGACUGGCCAUGAAGCUUUGAAAGGAUCAUUUAGUCCUUUAUGUGCAAUACAGUUAACUUUCCAUGGUGCUUUGUGAAAAUAUCUUUGUCAUGUACUGACACAUUUAUCUGCUUCUGUUGGAUGAUUUUCAGUGUUUUUUUUUAUUUUUUUAUUUUAUUACUAUUAUUUUUUUCCCUCCUGGUCAAAGCACAGCAUGGAUGAUGCAUUUAAUAAGUGUUUUGUGACUUUGUGUGAGGUCUUACUGUGGAAAACUAUUUGUCUGUUAUCCAGCAUGAAGGAUAACCUGUUUGGUAUUCGACUGUACUGUGAUAAUCGCAGGUGCUCUCUGUUCUGUGGUAUUUAAUUUUGUGUUUGCCUUGACUGUUGCACUGUUUGUAAACCUUAGUGAUUGCACCUGAAAUAAUUAUGAUGUGAUUUAUGCCACAGUUGAAAUAAACCUGCACAGAACAGCAGAGUUACUGCCUUAAGGUGUGUUUACUUCAUAAAUUUCUUUUGCAUACAGCAUGGACAUAUUUUACUAAUUUGUUGAACAAAUGUGACAGUUCGGAGUCCGUCCAAACCUUGGAGGUAAUGGUCCAGGGCCCUAAAGCCAUGUUUGGGAGUUGUUCCCCGCUCGGAGAUGCUAAUGUGUUGGGAAAAUGUACGUGUUACUCAACAUACUAUGUAACUGCCAACAGAAACGGGAAAUAAACUACAUCUGGACUGA